CGAGCCACCGGCUGGAAUACCGAAGAACCGAUCCGCGGAACUGGCGCGAGCGACCUAAUCCACUAACGACGUGCGAGACACUUUAGGAAAGCGCUUGCGAGUAACUUAAAAUAAUUAACUUGAUCAGAUAUUAUUAAUAAAACGCACCGGUUCCGUUUCACGUCGCAGUUAGUGUGUUGUUGCAGGAAUGCGUUGGAGUUUGUGGUCUGGUCGACUCCAACAGAUGCUCGCCUGUGAACAACAGCAACGUUGUUUAUGAACUGGGGAAGAUUUGAAGUCAGGCUCAGCCAGAGGCGGGGAGGAGAGAAGAGGAGAGGAGAGGAGAGGAGAGGAGAGGGGCGCCCAGAAAACGCCCUGCUGCUCAAUCCUCUCAAAAUUAAAAGUUUAUCGCGCCAUUGACGGUACGCUCGCAUUAAAGGAUGGGAAGUUUGAGUAUGCUCAGUUGUUUAAAGUAACCACUUCAUAGAUUGUUUUGAGGGGGAAAGUUAGGAAAACCUCUAUUGUUCCCAUUGGAUUAUUUUUUUCCGCUUUAUUCUGGACAAGCCCGGGGCACUUUUUGGAGGGCGGGGAGUCGGAGGCUGUCUAGGCCCGCUGCUCGACAACUUGAAAGAAGAUCUUGUAUCUUUAAUGUGAACCAGAAAAGUUGGGCAUAUCGCUCUUCGUUGCUCAGACUGGCGCCAGGACAAGGCAAAAAUGUCGCUAGGAGCGGAGAGAAGGAUGGAAAACCGGCUGAGACAACUGGAAGCCAUGCUCAAAGAGCCGCGGUCUGCGAUCAACUUGGAAAGUUUGCUGGAUUCCAUGAAUGCCCUGGUUUUAGAUUUGGACUUUCCGGCCUUGCGUAAAAAUAAGAACAUCGAGACCUUCUUGAAUAGAUAUGAGAAGGUUAUGGGCCAAAUAAGGGAGCUCCAGAUGAAGCCAGAUGAUUUUGACCGAGUGAAGGUGAUCGGUAGAGGAGCAUUCGGAGAAGUCCAGCUGGUUAGGCAUAAGGCCUCUCAGAAGGUGUAUGCAAUGAAGGUGCUCAGCAAGUUUGAAAUGAUCAAACGUUCAGAUUCUGCCUUCUUUUGGGAGGAACGUGACAUCAUGGCGUUUGCUGACAGCCCAUGGGUCGUGCAGCUGUGCUGUGCGUUCCAGGAUGACCGUUCUCUCUACAUGGUAAUGGAAUAUAUGCCAGGAGGAGAUCUUGUCAAUCUCACCAGUACAUAUGACGUUCCAGAGAAAUGGGCAAAGUUUUACACUGCUGAGGUUGUGUUGGCUCUGGACGCCAUUCACGCCAUGGGCUUUAUUCACCGAGACGUCAAACCGGACAACAUGCUGCUGGACCGCUACGGACACCUCAAACUUGCUGACUUUGGGACAUGCAUGAAAAUGGAUGGGACGGGGAUGGUUCAUUGUGACACUGCGGUCGGAACCCCCGAUUACAUCUCGCCGGAGGUUCUCAAGUCUCAGGGAGGGGACGGAUACUAUGGACGCGAGUGUGACUGGUGGUCAGUGGGAGUAUUUAUCUACGAGAUGCUGGUUGGUGAUACACCGUUUUACGCCGAUUCUCUGGUGGGGACCUAUAGUAAGAUUAUGAACCAUAAGAACUCUCUUAACUUUCCUGGUGACGUUGAGAUCUCUCAAGAAGCCAAAAACAUCAUCUGUGCCUUCCUAACAGACAGGGAGGUUCGCCUGGGUCGAAAUGGCGUAGAAGAAAUUAAAAGACAUCCUUUCUUUAAAAACGACCAGUGGACCUUCAGCACCAUUAGAGAGACUGCAGCACCUGUGGUUCCAGAGCUGAGCAGUGACAUAGACACCAGUAAUUUCGAUGAGAUAGAGGAAGAUAAAGGAGAAUUAGAGACCUUUCCCACAUCCAAAGCCUUCGUUGGCAAUCAGCUGCCAUUUGUGGGGUUCACCUACUUUAAAGAAGACCAGUUGUUGAAUGCUGUUAACAGUUCAGCAAUGAAAAAAGAUCACCCAGCAUCCAAGACAGAGGACAAUAUAGCUGUAACUGCGGCACCUGUGGUUCCAGAGCUGAGCAGUGACAUAGACACCAGUAAUUUCGAUGAGAUAGAGGAAGAUAAAGGAGAAUUAGAGACCUUUCCCACAUCCAAAGCCUUCGUUGGCAAUCAGCUGCCAUUUGUGGGGUUCACCUACUUUAAAGAAGACCAGUUGUUGAAUGCUGUUAACAGUUCAGCCAUGAAAAAAGAUCACCCAGCAUCCAAGACAGAGGACAAUAUAGCUCUCCAGAAGAAACUUCACUCUCUAGAAGAGCAGCUCAACAAUGAAAUGCAGGCCAAAGAUGAGCUGGAGCAAAAAUACAGAAGCAACUGUAGCCGCCUAGAGAAGAUCACCAAAGAGCUUGAUGAAGAAAUAAAUAGCAGAAAAGGUUUGGAGAUGACUCUGAGACAGUUGGAGAGAGAGAAAGCUCUCCUACAGCACAAGAGCGUAGAGAGUCACCGCAGGGCAGAGAGUGAAGCCGACCGCAAACGCUGCCUGGAGAACGAAGUGAACAGUCUGAGGGAUCAGCUGGAUGAAAUGAAGAAGAAAAAACAGAACUCGCACAUCUCCAAUGAGAAGAACAUCCACCUGCAGAAACAGUUGGAUGAGGCAAAUGCGUUACUGCGGGCAGAAUCUGAUGCUGCUGCACGACUGCGUAAAUCUCAAACAGAGAGCUCAAAACAGCUGCAGCAGCUGGAGGCUCACGUGAGAGAACUGCAGGACAAAUGCUGCAUGCUAGAGAACAACAAGCUCACGCUAGAGAGGGAGAACAUCUGCCUGCAGGCUGCGCUGGACACAGAGAAACGAGAGCAAACCCAGGGCUCUGAGACUAUCUCUGAUCUACAGGGUAAGUGCAUAUCCUCCGUUUUGAAUGUGGAAGUGAAACAGGUGAGACAGGCACUAUCUAAAGCUGAGACGGAGAAGAGGCAACUUCAGGAGAAGCUUACAGACCUGGAAAAGGAGAAGAGCAAUGACCAGAUUGACAUGACCUAUAAGCUGAAGAUGUUGCAGCAGGGUUUGGAGCAGGAGGAGGCGGCACACAAGGCCACAAAAGCUCGACUUGCUGACAAGAACAAAAUCAGCGAGUCCAUCGAAGGAGCAAAAUCUGAGGCUGUGAAGGAGCUGGAACAGAAGCUGCAGGAGGAGCGUUCCUCUAAACUGCGUGUGGAGAACAGGGUGUUAGAACUGGAGAAGAAGAACUCCAUGCUUGACUGCGACUAUAAACAGUCACUGCAGAAACUAGAGGAACUGCGACGACGCAAGGAGAGACUCACAGAAGAGUUGGAUGAGGCAAAUGCAUUACUGCGGGCAGAAUCUGAUGCUGCUGCACGACUGCGUAAAUCUCAAACAGAGAGCUCAAAACAGCUGCAGCAGCUGGAGGCUCACGUGAGAGACCUGUUGGAAAUCAAACGUAGCCUGGAAAAACAAAAUAUGGAACUGCGCAAGGAGCGUCAGGAUUCUGAUGGACAGAUGAAGGAACUGCAGGAUCAGUUGGAGGCAGAGCAGUAUUUCUCUACGCUGUACAAGACACAGGUGCGGGAGCUGAAGGAAGAGUGUGAGGAGAAAAAUAAACUCUAUAAAGACAUGCAACAGAACCUACAGGAGCUUCAGGAGGAAAGGGAUUCUCUUGAGGCCCAGUUGGAGAUCACACUAACGAAAGCUGACUCAGAGCAGCUGGCGCGCUCCAUUGCGGAGGAGCAGUAUUCCGACCUGGAGAAGGAGAAGAUCAUGAAGGAGCUGGAGAUCAAAGAGAUGAUGGCCAGACACAGACAGGAGCUCGCUGAAAAAGACACCACCAUCACCUCAUUAGAGGAAGCUAAUCGCACAUUGACGAAUGAUGUGGCAAACCUGGCCAAUGAGAAGGAAGAACUCAACAACAAGCUAAAGGAAACGCAGGACUACCUGCAGAAUCUCAAGAAUGAAGAGCAGUCCAUCACUCAAGUGAAACUUGCCUUUGAGAAACAGCUUCAGUCAGAGAGAACUCUCAAAACACAGGCAGUGAACAAGCUGGCAGAGAUCAUGAACAGAAAGGAGGUCAGAGGUGGUGGAAGUCGCCGUGGAAAUGAUACAGACGUGAGGAGGAAGGAGAAAGAAAACAGGAAGUUGCAGCUGGAGCUGCGUUCCGAGAAGGAGAAGCUCAACAGCACUAUCAUCAAAUACCAGAGAGAAAUCAACGACAUGCAAGCGCAACUGGCAGACGAGUCUCAGGUGCGUAUCGAGCUGCAGAUGGCUCUGGACAGUAAAGAUAGUGACAUUGAGCAGCUGCACAGCCUGUUGAACUCUCUUAACGUCCAGUCGCUCGACUCUGCUAGUAUGAGCAGUGGCCCAGACAUGGACACUGACGAGUCACUACCAGAGACAAGACUGGAGGGUUGGCUGUCUUUACCAGUGAGGAACAACACCAAACGCUUCGGGUGGGAAAGGAAGGUAUGUUUUAUAAUUUUCUGUGAUCCUAGGGAGCGUCAGGAUUCUGAUGGACAGAUGAAGGAACUGCAGGAUCAGUUGGAGGCAGAGCAGUAUUUCUCUACGCUGUACAAGACACAGGUGCGGGAGCUGAAGGAAGAGUGUGAGGAGAAAAAUAAACUCUAUAAAGACAUGCAACAGAACCUACAGGAGCUUCAGGAGGAAAGGGAUUCUCUUGAGGCCCAGUUGGAGAUCACACUAACGAAAGCUGACUCAGAGCAGCUGGCGCGCUCCAUUGCGGAGGAGCAGUAUUCCGACCUGGAGAAGGAGAAGAUCAUGAAGGAGCUGGAGAUCAAAGAGAUGAUGGCCAGACACAGACAGGAGCUCGCUGAAAAAGACACCACCAUCACCUCAUUAGAGGAAGCUAAUCGCACAUUGACGAAUGAUGUGGCAAACCUGGCCAAUGAGAAGGAAGAACUCAACAACAAGCUAAAGGAAACGCAGGACUACCUGCAGAAUCUCAAGAAUGAAGAGCAGUCCAUCACUCAAGUGAAACUUGCCUUUGAGAAACAGCUUCAGUCAGAGAGAACUCUCAAAACACAGGCAGUGAACAAGCUGGCAGAGAUCAUGAACAGAAAGGAGGUCAGAGGUGGUGGAAGUCGCCGUGGAAAUGAUACAGACGUGAGGAGGAAGGAGAAAGAAAACAGGAAGUUGCAGCUGGAGCUGCGUUCCGAGAAGGAGAAGCUCAACAGCACUAUCAUCAAAUACCAGAGAGAAAUCAACGACAUGCAAGCGCAACUGGCAGACGAGUCUCAGGUGCGUAUCGAGCUGCAGAUGGCUCUGGACAGUAAAGAUAGUGACAUUGAGCAGCUGCACAGCCUGUUGAACUCUCUUAACGUCCAGUCGCUCGACUCUGCUAGUAUGAGCAGUGGCCCAGACAUGGACACUGACGAGUCACUACCAGAGACAAGACUGGAGGGUUGGCUGUCUUUACCAGUGAGGAACAACACCAAACGCUUCGGGUGGGAAAGGAAGUAUGUUGUGGUGAGCAGCAAAAAGAUUCUUUUCUACAACAGUGAGCAGGACAAAGAGCAGUCCAAUCCUUACAUGGUUUUGGACAUAGAUAAACUUUUCCAUGUGCGUUCAGUAACCCAGACGGAUGUCUAUCGCGCUGACGCCAAAGAGAUCCCCAGAAUAUUCCAGAUCUUGUACGCUAAUGAGGGUGAGAGCAAGAAAGAGCAAGAACUGGAACCUCUUCCUGGAGACAAGUCCAGCUACAUUUGCCAUAAGGGUCAUGAGUUCAUUCAUACCCUGUACCACUUCCCCACUAACUGUGAAGCCUGUACCAAACCCCUGUGGAACAUGUUCAAACCACCUCCAGCUCUCGAAUGCAGACGAUGCCACAUCAAGUGCCACAAAGACCACAUGGACAAGAAAGAGGAAGUCAUCGCUCCCUGCAGAGUGAACUACGAUGUGUCUACGGCUAAAAAUCUGCUGCUGUUAGCAUUGUCUCAGGAGGACCAGCAGAAAUGGGUUAGUCGGCUCAUGAAGAAGAUCCCUAAAAAACCUCCAGCACCAGAAGCCCCUCACCGCUCCUCUCCCAGAGUUCCUGUUAAAGUACAAAGCAGUCAAUCCAUGAGGAGACCCAGCCGACAAAUACCCUCCGGCAAACCCAGGUCUGUGCACAACCUAAAGGAACCAACAGCGUGUGCGGAGAAAUCUGGCUUCAUCUACCACAAGGGACACGAGUUUAUUCCUUUAUUCUACCACUUUCCUGCCAACUGUGAGGCCUGUACCAAACCCCUGUGGAACAUGUUCAAACCUCCUCUGGCUCUGGAAUGCCAGAUAUGCCAGAUCAAAUGCCACAAAGAGCACAUGGACAAGAAAGAGGAAAGUCUCAGACCCUGUGCUCCAGACCCGUUCAACCCCCAGUUCAGCACGGGGUGAGAGGAGAACAUGGCCGACCUGGAAGUUGGAUGGAGGAUGUAUUGAUAUUUAGCUUUAGCAUGCUUCAGUAACAUCAUUCAAGAGCUUUCAAGGUUUAAAUCGCAGUGCUUGACUAGCAGAAUAACAUUUGCGGUCUUUGCUAAUGGUGGCUAAGCGGAUAUAAAGCUUAAACGGUGUUACACUGGGCUGCUUUUUGUAACUUGGGAUGCAAGAUGACAGCUUGGGCAUUAACAAAGCACUUUUUCUCUUUUGUAUCCAACUCAGGUUUUUAAUUGUGAUUAGUAACAGUGAAUUUAAAGGCUAAAUACUAAAAGUAUGCCUCAAACUUUUCACAUAGAGGUCUGUAUCUUCACCAAACUCAAGAUGCAUACAGAUGUACAGCCUUUAAAGCUUCAGCAGACAUUGAGCAGUGGCCAGUCUUAUUUUUAAGGUUUAGCUCCGUUAUAGUAAUUAUGUGCCAAGUUGUAGCUUCACCUUAGCGAAACUACCUCCAGACCUUACCGAGACAGUCUGUAGUGAGGUUGGUGAAGGCUUGGCUGAAUGCUCUCUCCUCCACCUGCAGGCCUUUGGAUUCUGAGCUUCAGGACUGGCACUGGGCUCUGGAUGACGUGGAUGAUGUAGAUUAUGACCAUACGUUUAAUUUCUGAGGAGCAUGUGUAGGGUUCAAACAGGGUAACUACUUUCAAAGGGGCUCUGUUCCAAAACCUCCUAACCCACCUACUUUGGCAGCAUUUCGAUUAUUUGCUGUAAUGUAAUACACAAGAGGGGAAUCUUAACAGUCAGUAAUUCCAGUAAUUUGAUAUCAUAAAUGUUAUCGAAUGCUAAAUGUAAAUUAAAUUAAGAUAUUUUUGAUGGAAUCUGAGAGCUCUCUGACCCUCCC